CUGAUCUUCAGACAGAAAGCAGGUAGACCCAUGUUGUAUGAUGGAGAGUAAGAGGAAGAGGGUAGAGGUGAAAUAGAUUGCGUAUGAAGAAUAGAAAGAAGUGGAAAUGAGAGUGUAUAAACAGAUGAUAUAAUGGAGCCAAAAAAAUGUAAUUGGGUAAACCAGGAGUAUUUGAUCAUUUAGGGAGAGGAAGUGUUGUCAAUUCUUGUCCUGCAACUAUGCUUUUCAACACGUUCGAAUAGCAUUGAUUGGGAAGCAAAUGAAUCCAGAACCUCUGAAGAUUUCUCUCACUGCACCUUUCCCCUAGCCAAGGAAGUUGAAAUGGACCCGGGGGGCCCAUCGCCCCUCAUGCAUUUUGUGGUGGCGAAGAAGACGAUCAACGGUAUAUUUGAUCAGUUGCUGGAGUACGUCAAAGAGUGCACAGAGUUUGUGGACGAGACAUGGCGAAGUGCGGAUCUGGAGCAGGUCGCAGUUGAGGAGCAGUGCCUUGAAAUCCAGACCUGUGCUAGGAAACUGGCCACCAUUCGGGAGGUGCUGGCGCGUAGGCACAUGAAGGUAGCCUUUUUUGGGAGGACGAGUAACGGUAAAAGCACGGUGAUCAAUGCCAUGCUGAGGGACCGGGUGCUGCCCAGCGGCAUUGGCCACACCACCAACUGCUUUUUGAGGGUGGAAGGCACAGACGGGGACGAUGCCUACCUCACCACCGAGGGCUCUGAAGACAGAAAAAGCGUCAAGUCAGUCAAUCAGCUGGCCCAUGCCCUGCAUAUGGAGCGCAGUCUAGACUCAGGCUGCCUAGUGAAGGUGUUCUGGCCCAAGUCCAGGUGUGCCCUGCUGAGGGAUGACCUUGUUAUUAUGGACAGCCCAGGGACUGAUGUGACCUCUUACCUGGACAGCUGGAUCGACAAGUUCUGUCUGGAUGCUGACGUCUUUGUGUUGGUGGGCAAUGCAGAGUCCACACUGAUGAACACAGAGAAGCUGUUUUUCCACAAAGUGAGCGAGCGAAUAUCCAAGCCAAACAUUUUUAUCCUGCACAACCGCUGGGAUGCCUCUGCGUGGGAGCCCGAGUACAUUGAUGAACUCCCUCAGGUGCGUAAGCAGCACAUGGACCGCUGUGUGAGUUUCCUGGUGGAGGAGCUGAGGGUGCUGAGACAAGAGGAGGCUCCAGGCCGGAUAUUCUUUGUGUCUGCCAAGGAGGUGCUCAGCUCCAGGAUGCACUGUGCCCAGGGCAUGCCCGAGACAGGUGGCGCUUUAGCAGAGGGAUUCCACGAGAGACUGAGGGAGUUCCAGAGAUUCGAGAGGACUUUUGAGGAGUUCAUCUCACACUCUGCGGUCAAGACCAAGUUUGAGCAGCACACGCUCAGGGCGUGGCAGAUCACAGAAGCAAUCAAAGCAGUCAUGGACGCCAUAAAUAUCGCAUCCGCCGAAAGGAAGAUAUUUUCCCUGGAGGACCGAGAGGACCAGAAGGACCGUCUGGAGUUUGUCAGAGGCCAACUUAACCGCCUGACCGAGAACGUCAAAGAGAAGAUCAACACCAUAACAGAUGAGGUGGCGGCCAAGGUGACCGUUGCCAUGGUGGAGCAGAUUCGUGGUCUCCCAGCGCAGGUUGAUGAGUUCAGUGCUGAUUUUACACCACAUGCAUUGCUGCUCUACAAAGCAAAGCUUAUGAUGCAUGUGGAAGAGAGGAUGAGUGCAUGUUUGGCCUUUCGUUGUUCCACUGGGAUCAUUGGCCACAUGCAGUCAUGCCAGAAAAACAUGAUUGAGAAUAUUACACCGCUGCUGCCCCCUGAUGUCCAGGAGCAGUUCCACAUUCACCUACCCAGCAGGAAGUUUGUCCUUACCUACGACCUUAACCUGGCCACCCUCUGCGUCGACUUCCAGGAGAACAUCGACUUCCAGUUCUCUCUCGGCUGGACUGCCCUUGUCAGACGAUUCAUUGGGCCGAGCAAUGCCAAACGUGCCCUGACGGCCAUGAACCAGAAGUUUCAGAAUACCUCUCCUACUGCACUCCAGGCACAUGGUGGAACCAGCCUACAGGACCACAUGGUCUUUUCAAUGGCAACAGGUGUUGUGUCACUCACCUCCAGAGCCUCCAUGACUGUGCUUGUUAUUGGCGGAGUGGUGUGGCGCUCAGUGGGCUGGAGACUCGUCGCCCUCUCCGCAACACUUUAUGGCCUGCUCUACCUGUACGAGAAGCUGACGUGGACCAACGCCUCCAGGGAAAGGGCUCUGAAGCAGCAGUUUGUGGAGUUCGCCAUCCACCGACUUAGGGCCAUCAUCCCCUUCACCAGUGGGAGCUGCAGCCAGCAGGUUCACCAGGAGUUGGCAACGACCUUUGCCCGUCUGUGCCAGCGGGUUGACCUGAGCGAGGUGGAGCUGGAGGGGCACAUUCGACUGCUGAGUGGCAGGAUCCAGAGACUGGAGAACGUCCAGCGCCGCUCAAAGACUCUCAGACACAGAGCCACAGAUCUGGAGUCUCAGCUGGAGGCAUUCUCUGCCCAGUAUCUGCAGAAUCAGUGCUGAGUGAACAGAUCCUCACAAGGAGAUACAUUGAGGUUUUCAAUGGAACUGGUUCUGAAAUGGUCUGUGGUACCAUGAUCAUUCUAUACAAAAACUAUUCAAUUUCCAAGAACCAAUUUAAAACCAAAAAACAGACAUUCCCACAACUUCCAAGGAACCAAAUGUUCUAGCUGGAUAGCAUCUGGAUGUGUCAUUGCUAUCGCAUGGGGCACAUCUCACACAGGUACAGUGCAUUCAGAAUGUAUUCAGACCCCUUGACUUUUUCCACAUUUUCUUAUGUCACAGACUUAUUCCAAAAUGUAUUAAAUUGUUUUAAUUUCAUCAUCAAUCUACACACAAUGACGA